GUGUGUGUGUCUAUGUGUUUUUGGUAGCUUCCCUUCUAACCCAUAGCGAUCUCCUCCUCCUCCUCUUCUCCCACUCACAACAAUAGUACAUGUUCGGUCCAAAUCUUUUGUCGGCUGGUUCUCUACAAUCGGUUGUCAGAUAUUGUGUAGCUUUCGCUUUUGUUUCUCAAUGUUCCUAUUCAAUGUAUGUUUGUUUAUCAAUGUUUACGUUAAAUGUCUUCGUUUUUGUUUCCCUUCAUUGAAACUGUACCAUUUUACAAUACAUAUUUUCCAUAUUUUUCAUUCUUUGCCACUGAUAAACGAGAAUGGAAUUUCCAAUGCCUAACACCCAAUACUCAUCCUUUCGGAACGACGUACAGCCAAACCAGAGCAUGAAAAAUGUCAACUACCAACCGACUGCAGAGCCAAGCCCUGUGCCGCGCGGACAGUGGCGUGCCUAUAGCUAUUCCAACUGCAGUGCCGAAUGUGACGGCGGUUUUAAAAAGCGCCUGGUGCGCUGCCUGUCCGAAACGGGCCAGACAUUGGAUGAGCGGUACUGUCCCCAUCCCAAACCGGUGACUCAGAUCAAUUGCGCCAACGUUCGCUGUCCUUCCUGGAACUUCGGUACCUGGAGCAAGUGUAAUGACGAAUGCAUACGCUCCCGUCAGGUCCUGUGUCAGGAUCACCGUGGCAAAGAAAGCGACCAAUGCUCGACCGAAUUGAAACCGCCCGCUGUGGAAUCGUGUUGUAGCUUUAAAUGGAGAGUCACCUGCGCCGGAUCUUGCGAUGCCGAGGGUCGCCGCAAGCCGAAUGUCAUCUGCAAGCGGCUGUAUCCCAAGUCGAUCGACAAUCCGCAUCCGCUCAGAACUGGGCGCAAAGUCGACCCGAAGUACUGUGCCAACGCUAGAAUGCCGACGCCAGCCAAGCUGAAGAAAAAGUGUAGCAAACCGUGCCCGUUCCGCUGGGUUCCCGGGAACUGGUCUGAGUGUUCGGUUGGGUGCGGCACCGGUAGAACAGUGCGAAAUGUGACCUGCACCAAUGGCCGUACGAUCAUGCCGAAAGCCUGCAACGCGAUGCUGAAACCCCCGAAUACGAAGGUCUGCGAAGCGCUCACUCACUGCCGCUGGAGAAUUUCGAAGCCGAACAAAUGCAACUGUAAGGGUAAGCAGAAUCGCACCGUUAAGUGCUACGACGAAAAGAUGAAGGUCGAGUCGAACCGCUGCUCGGAAAGCACACGGCCGAGCAAGACUGCAUCCUGCCAGAAACCACCGGGAUGCCGCACCGCGUUGCGCAACCGCCAUCACGAACCCGUCUACCGCAAUUGCAACGAUGCGCGGCGCAAGCAUAAAACGGACGGCGAGUACAUGAUGCACGUCAAUGGGACGAAGGCUAAGAUCUACUGCCACGGUAUGGCGACGGACACGCCGACCGAAUAUCUCUCCCUGCCCGCCGGUCCCACGGAAAACUAUGCCAUCUACAUCAAUCGACGAGCGGCCGAUGCGAACAAGUGUGAAAACUCGCAACGCGAUUGGGCGGACUCGAGCAUUAGCUACGGUGCGACGCAUUACCGCAAGAUCCGCAUCAACGUGUCGACGCUGCAGGUGCACACGAACGACUUCCGGUUCACGAACAGCUCCGGCAAGAAGCAACCGUUCGGUUCGGCCGGUGACUGCUACAGCAAUACGGGCCGUUGUCCGCAGGGUGACUUUGCGAUCAAUCUCAAGGGCACACCGUUUCGCAUUCGACCCCACACUUCGUGGGAAAAGUCUGGUGUCCACGCGGUCAUAAAGUUCCUGGUGCCGCUGCAACCGCCGUAUCAAAAGGUUCGGGCACUUUGUGGUGGCUACUGUGGGAGUUGCUCUGUGUCACGACGUACCAAUCUGUAUCUGGAGCUAAUGUAG